ACAAAAAGCUCGCACAUGUUUAUUGGUUGGAUUGAAAACAAUCAAUUUUCUUUGUAAAUUUUGAAUUAUUAAAAAUAAAAUAAAUCUUUUAUAUAAAAAUGUUGACGACUAAAUUAUCGAUGCGGUCAAAAUUAUCGAAAAAAUCAUCGAUAGAAUGGCGGCAAAUUCGACAAAUCAAUUCCAAUAUCGGUGUAAUUGGCAUUCCAUUUUGGUAUGGUCAAUCCAGAUUAGGAACUAAUAUGGCACCGGAAAUUUUACGUUCAAAAGGUUUGAUCGAUAAACUUUCCGCUCAAUUUGGACAAAAUCGAGUAGUAGAUUUUGGAAAUAUUUCUUUGGAAAUUGAUUCGAAUGAAAUUAGUAAAAAUCAAUGGAAAAAUCCAAAUGAAUUUAAUCUAUGGAAAUUAAGUGAAAAAUCAAGUAAAUUUAUUGAAAAUUUAAUCAAAAAUGAUUAUGUUCCAUUGAUUUUGGGUGGUGAUCAUAGUAUUGCAGUUGGUUCGGUUAUGGGAACCAAACAAGCUUUGAUUAACAAGGGCAACAACGAAGAUCUUUCUUUGAUAUGGAUCGAUGCACAUGCCGAUGCAAAUACAGUUCAAAGUUCGCUAUCAGGUAAUCUACAUGGAAUGCCUAUGUCAUUUUUAGUAAAACCAACAUCGACUGAACAUCAACAAAAUCAACAACAGCAAAUCAAACCUUGUAUAAAUGCCAAAAAUAUUGUUUAUAUUGGUCUACGUGAUGUUGAAAUACAAGAAUUGCAUCUAUUAAAAGAAUUAAAUAUUGCUUAUUUUUCAAUGAAAGAUGUUGAUAAUCUGGGCAUUAAUGAAGUUAUUGCCAGAUCUUUAGAUCAUAUAGAUCCAUUGGGAAAAAAUCAUUUACAUAUAAGUUUUGAUGUUGAUUCAUUAGAUCCAAUGAUAAUACCAUCAACCGGUACACCAGUAAUGGGUGGUCUUACAUUCAGAGAAACAUUACAAAUUGGUGAAUAUAUCAACAAUACGGGUAGAAUGAUUGCUAUGGAUUUGGUUGAAUUUAAUCCAAAUAUUGGUACCGAACAAAUGAUUAAUCAAUCAGCAAAAACGAUUAUCGAAAUAAUAAUGGCAUUUUUUGGUAAAUCAAGAUUAGGCUAAUUCAAAAAGCCAAAAUUUCAAUCCAUAUUUCUUAGCAUAAUUAUGCAACGCCCCAUUAAAAUUUCUUUUUGCUGUUGCCAAUCAUUUUGUCAUUGUU